UAUGAGCAAAUUUGAAAAAAGCUACGAUAGAAUGAUAGAGACAAUGUUUGAUGACCAUCCAUUAUUGAAUACAAUAGAAAAAAAAUGUUUAAAAUUUAAGGUUUCGACCGGUUAUUGAAAUUCAAUGUAAUAACUGAAUUCCUCACCAUGAUAAUUCUGUGUGAUUUAUUUUUCCAAGCAUCACUCAAAUCCUUCUGUAGGUUAAAAAAUGUAAUGGCCAAUUUAUGAAUAUAUAAAUAUAUAUAUGUAAAUAUCGAAAGAUAACCGCAGAAGUCAACAUCACGAGGUCAAUGUCAAGUCAAUGUCAAGAUGAGUUUGAAAAGGAACUCUUCAAAAUAAAUUUAUGCCCUCAAACGUAUGCAGAUCAUCUAGUAAUUACAAACAUGUGGAUAACUCUAGAAGUAGUUAAUAAAUUGACGUUACUGGACAUGAUAAUUUAUAGGUCAUGAUUAAAGUUGAGUUGCACGGCGGUCAUAUACUAAGUGAUGAUAAUUUACGUAUCAAUCUUAUACAUCGAUUGAUUUACAAAGUAUGGCCAAUUUUAGAAAAAAAAAUCAACUAUUCGUCUUCAAAGUGUAAGGUCAUUUAAAGGUAAAGGUAAAACUAUAAAACUAUAGUAGCGCAAUAUGUUCAUUUUAUGUAUAGUGUUUAUUUGUUUAAGGGUGAAACAAACCAAUCUAUAAACUUGGCAAUAUUGUACUUUUUAUUUAAUCUUAAAAGACAAGGUCCUUUUAAGUCAAAGUCCAGUUCACUUGACUUACUCGAAUGGAUUGUUUAAAGGGUUAUUAUGUCAAAGUAUGAAUACAAUAUAUCCUUUUAUAACAAAUUUAUAGUUUAUUAUAAUCAAUUAAAGCACAAUGUUAUUAAAAUCUUUUAAGGUCAAUGUUAUUUUUUUGCCAAGGUCGAAUUCAUUAAAUGUGCAUAAAUAGACAUCAAAACAAUUAUUAUUGUCAAUUUUAUUCAGAUUGGUAAAAAAGUUGUAACAUAUAUUUUAAUCAUAUUAUAUCAUUAAAAGCUUUGAUACCCUAAUAUACCAGUAUAUUGGUUCAUUCAUCAUAGUUUUAUUAAUUGAUUAAAAAAGGUGUCAAUAAGGCAAAGUUGUAUUACAAUGGUCUGAUAAAUAAACAUCACCUGACGCCUGCUUUUGGAAAUGAGAUCCUUCAGUAGCAAUAGAAACAAGUACUUAAAAAUUGCAGACUCAGCUUGAAUAAGUAUGCUCAUAAGAUAAAGUAGAUUUGCAACACUUCGUCGCUUUAGUUCAAGAGUGAUGUAUGUCGUAUUUCUUUCAUUUCAAAAAAAUGAGGUUUAAAGUUUAAAAGUCUUGUAUCUUUUUUAACUAUUUGACAAAUUCAUAUGAGAAUUAAGACAUAAACAAAAUAUGUGCAGAUAUAUUAGCACAAUUUAAGUGUCAUGCCUUUAAUUGUUUUUAUACAUUUAGUAAACAAAAUAUAUUAAUGUCAUUAAAAAAUACGUUGUAGCUGUUUUUAAUAUUUUGUAAAGUGACGCAUUGUCAGUUUGGCUCAAAAUAAUAGUUUGUGUCAAUUUUGAAUGGAAUUAAAGUAAAGACAAUUUGCUUACCUUUUCAUUUUGUGGAAUUCAGUUGUCAGACCAUAAUGUAAAAUACUUUAUUGUUAGAUUGACUCUUUUUAUGUAUUUCAGAAUAGUUACAAUCGCACUAGCAAUCCAAUUGGCUCCUCUUGCUCUGAUUAUUUUAUUCCAGAUACAGUUAUAUGCUGUUCCAUCCUUUAAUACGUGUGCGGUGAGAUUAUACAUGUCUAAUUUUCUUUUAUAAAAGAAAUUGUUUACAUUCGCUUUUGGCAAGAGUAUUACAUUUUCUAAAUCAAAAGAAACAGUCAUGUCUGUUUUCUUCAUUCUAUAUUUGUCUCUUUCCAUUUUUGUUGCUUUUUUCUAUCACAAAUGUGUUUGUUAUAUUUUUCUUGAAAUUCCUUUUCGAUAUUAUGUUUACAUUUAAAUCUGGUUCUUCAUAUUCUGUGAAAAAGUUUGAACGGCAGUAAUGAGACGGUAUUCACUGAAAGGAUUUAAUAUGUCUCCGAAUGACGUUGAUUUCAUAGUCACUUGUUCGUCUCUUUGUUGGUUUUCCACGCAUAUCCCUAAACUCGUUUCCUUCUUUUGUAUCAACUUUUUUGAAGUAGUGUCUGUAACGAAUAUCUGAUAUAUGAAGGACACCUAGAUAAAAGUCUUUACACACCUGUAUCUUAUCAUCAUUUCGGAAGAAAAAGAACUCCUUAGUAUAUCUACGAUAACUAUCCUUUUUCUUGUUUUCAUUAGUGCGUUUAGUUAUUGUAUGGGCAAUGAAACAAUUCUAACCCCCAUUAUCGUCUAAUGACCAAUAUCUGUCAUGAAUAGUUUGAAUUUGUUCAUAACUAAACUGCUGAGUACACUUUCUUCGACAGUUGCUACUUCCUUUACAAUUUGUUUUUCUGUGGAACCUUUACUCCUUGCCGGUUUAUAUAUUCUUUACCUGCUUGUCUCCAACUUUUAUAAAUUGUUUUGACCACAUUUCCUUAUGUCUCACUCGUUUCCGUCCAUGUGUAACAGCACUAUUCUGACAAGACUGAUUGUUGAUAUUUUUAGUGAUAGGUCCAUCAAAAACCUGACUUUGAUCACUUGUCUGAGUGUUCUCUUUUUCAUUUUCUAUCUCAUUUGACAAAUUUGAAUUCGUCUCAUCAAAGAUUCAUUUUUCCUUAGCGGCUUUUUAUCUGCUUGGUAAUAACAUAGUGUUAUUAUUGUCUAGUUCAAAGAUGUCAUAUUCUUCGUUUGUGUUCCUUGUGUAUUGGAAUGUAUCAACUUCUUGACAGCUUGUUUGAUUAAAAUUAAAAAAGACAUCGAUACUACGUUAACUUUGUAUAUUCAGAUUCCAUACAUAAAUUGUCAUUGUUCAGUUCGUAUAAAAAUGACCCAGACAAACUGUUCAUGCCAUAUACAUUCAGAGACACAAACAAUUCUUGUUGAUUGAUAUAAGUUGCUCUUUUCAUCUCAAAUUCAUAAUUAAUUGUCAUAGGAUAUUGAACUUGAUUCAUGUCUGUUGAUGUGUUCGAUGUUGUUUCAUUAUUGCAAUUAAAUGACAAAGGCCCUUCACAGUUUACUUGAAACUCAUCUGUAGUUACAUUCAUCAGUUUAGGGCAUUGAAUAUUAGUCAUGUCCGUUAUUCUAUUAAUAGCUGUUUCAUUAUUACCACUAGUAUGCAAAUAUCCCGUGUAUUGAACUUGAUAAUGAUUACUUAUUCUAUUCACGGUUGUAUAGCUAUUGUAAUUAAAUGUACAAGGCAUAACAUCUUGAUUUUGAGUCACUUUUAAGGGUUUUUUUUAUGCCACCACAAAGUGGGGAGCAUAUAGCGUUGCACUUUUCCGUCCGUCCGUACGUCUGUCCGUCCGUACGUCCCGAAAUCUUGUGAACGCAACUCCUCUUUAACCGGAUGGCAGAUUUUGCCUUAACUUCCAGCUAUGAACAACCUUAAUGAUUAGAUGGUAGUAAAGGAAGGAAUUUUCUCUGCGACCAAGUUUAACAGAAUUAUGGCCCUUUGUUGAUUUUUUCACUAUAUACUAUGUACAAAUUUUGUGAACGCAACUCCUCUUAAACCGGAUGGCAGAUUUUGCUUAAACUUCCUGGGAUGAACAACCUUAAUGUGUAGAUGGCAGUAAAGGAAGGAAUUUUAGCUGCGACCAAAUUUAACAGAAUUAUGGCCCUUGUUGAUUCUUUCACUAUAUACCAUAUAUAUUUUGUCAGUUGGGGCAUCCGUGUCCUUUGGACACAGUUCUAGUUUUACUUGUUGUUUCAUGAAUGUCACGAAAGAACAUAGACAUACGGAUAAAUUAUUAGCUGAUUCAUCACGAUCAGUAGUAUUUGUUUGUAAUGGAAUACUUUUAAAAGGUUUUAAGUUAUCUUCAGAGUCUUCAAGUAUUUCAUUAUCUCAAUCACUUCCCUCUAGCAUGUUUAGUACUUGGGUGACACUAAAUUUAUUCAUUUCAAAUUCUUAACAAAUAACGAUUCAUAAUGUCUUGACACAAAUUCUUUGAGCCAUAUUUCAUUUUAAUGACUUUCAACACUUUAAUGCAAAUAUGCAAAAUCGGCAAAUCAGGUUUUAAAAUUCUUACACAUUGUUCUAAAUUGCUAUAGCAUCAGGCCUUAUGUUUGUAAAUGAUACAUAUAAGUGAUCUAAAUUUGCUAACUGUGAAGUAAUUUCGAAAUCCUCGUUAAUGAAAUUUGUACAUUCCGAAACAUUAAGUAUUUUCAAGUUGCAAAGCAUUGGCAGGAAACACAGUGUUGAAAAUAUGCAUCUUGUUAAAUCGAGCCUAUACAGAUUUUAGCAUUGGAUAAUUUGGUAACUAGCUCAAACUCGAUUUCUGAAGACCCCAAAUGCUUUGUACCGCCUGGAAUGAAGAACUCGAGAAAGGCAUAGGAAUGAUCCAAAGUGUUUCUGAAAUUAGUGUCACUUCGAGUGGAUGGCAAAAUGAAAAAUGCUUUCACAGACACGAAGUUUUCUUCACAAUUUCAUUGAAUCUUGUAUGUAUUACAGUCACAGUUUUAAGAAGUUCCUGUAUGUUCAAAUGAUUUGUACUAAGAGUCAAUUAGGUAGAUCAAUCAAUCACCAUCGAAUUCUUGUCAGCUUGGUUUUCGGUGAAUCUGAAUAAGUGAAUAUAAUGGAAAAAAUGCAUUAGAAGAUGAAGUGUGUUUUUCUUAUGAUAUAUGUUUAUCACUGUUUAUAAUAAUAAAGUAUUUAUUUACCAUCACAACAGAGGUCUUAUAGGUGCAAGUGUGAUGGCUGUAAAAUCUUCCGAUAUCUGGACACAGUGUUGUUAUAUCGUCUGAGAACAAUAUUUUAAUUGACAGUUUUGCUGAUACUAGUUAACAGGAUAUGAGUUGUAUUGUACUAUAAAUAAUCACUUGCGAACAGACGAUUAAUCAAACUCUUUUUUCUAAAUUUUUUAUGUUGAUUGCAGUCUGUAAUACCAACAGAUCUUUCAUAUCAUAUUAAAUAAUAACAUUUAUAAAUAAAUUACAAAAUAUCAGUAAUAAAACAUGUGACAAACGGAUUCCAAUGCUUACUUACAUUUUAUCCGAAACCUUGAAAAUCCGAAAGUAUUUCAGUUCCUUGGUACACUAAUUCCAAUUCUGUCAAUUACUGAACAGUUGCUUUUGGAGCACAAUGAACAGAUACUCUGGUUAUGUUUCUAUAAAAUAUAUUUAGAUUAACAAAAACAUAUCAGGAUAAAUGAAAUCUUAUCGAAAAAGUCCAAAAGAUUUCAACACAGCUUUCAUUACAAUGGCCGCGCUUCAAGACAUACCGUAUUGAGCGUGUUUGAUUGGCAUAAGAGAUGCGUCAGUUUUGAACAUAAUAAAUUGUCACAGAACCAACAUACGUCAUUUAGUAACCAACAUAAAAUGCAUGAGUUGGCGUUCUACAAUGUCACAAGUAGUAUCAUCUUGUAGAGCUCGUCGAGCUGGAAAAAAAUUAUACCGAACUCGACAUUUUUCACAAAUAAAAAAUGACUUGCGUCAAUUGGAACUAAAGCGACGACCUAUCUCUUCCAUAUCACUGGCUUUAGCGUUCAAGUUUGUCAAACGUCAACAUGAAAAGUGCUGGAAUCACUUUCUCUUUUAUUAUAUAGCUUGCAAUUUGCAAUUUGCUACAUAUCAAAGUAUAACGUUAUUUAUACCAGGAACGACGUCAUUUCCGAUCAAAGUUAGGUGUGAUCAAGAUUUGUUCUGUUGUGUAGUAUUUCUGCAUUAAAUGUAAACAAAUCUGGAGUACUAUAUAUAUUUAAUGUUUUUUUAUAUUUUUGACUGUUUCUAGCUCUAUAUGUGACCAUUACAUAUUCCUCUGCUAAGACAAAUGGAAAUUUAAACAAUUGAGAUGGAACCACUGAAGAGCUGUGAUGUGACAAGUGGGUAUGAACACUACCUCCGUCAUAUGUUGUUUUUGGGACAAGUAUCACCAAUAGCAUUGAAGGCCAUUAUAAAAAGAGAACAGAAAAAAUGUGGAAAAGAUAUUAGAUUUGUGUUAAAUGAAAAUAGACAUACAUUUAAGACCCAGUACGAAACAGAGUAUCUUCAAUUAUUUAAAAAAGGUGAAGUCAUUGACGACAUUAAUACGUGGGACACUCUUCAAUUAUGUGCUGUAACAUUAGCGUUGUUUAAAUCAGAUCUAACGGUACCAGAAGUAAAAGCCAUUCAAUGUAUAUAUGAUCAGAGAAAAGAUAUUGAAAAUUACGUUGAAUGUGCCUCUCUAACAUACAAGACCUACAAGGAGAAACAAUAUUUAUUGCUCGAUCGAUUACGCGAGUUGUCAAAGUUUAUAGACAACAAAGCUAGUUUUAAUUGUAAACGUAUGCUGUUUUCAUUUGAAUUUAAAUCAAUGAAAUUAAGCAAACCACAAAUAGGCAAAUUAACAAGGACAAAUGAUAUCAACAUUCAUCUAAAAAUUGCAAUGGAAAUAGAUGUCGUAACAGAGAAUGACAUUACUGGCGAAGAGAAAGAUCAAAUGAUCCAGUCAAAUGUUAAGUAUUUAUAUUACAGUUUGUAUUUAAUUGUAUCCAUAUGAAUGUAUCCAAAUACAUCACUUUAUGCAAUAUUUGCAAAUAUACAAAAAUAUUUUGGCUGUAGCAAUAUAAUAUUUGAGAUAAUCCAGGAUCGAAAAUCAAAUUAAGCGAGUACGCUUGAAUUGAUAUUCUAAAUUUUUAUUCUGCAAGGGACAAACUGAAAAAAAUCAUGAUCUGUACCUUUGAUGACACCUGCUGUGUAUCUUAAGGGCAAGUUAAAAUAUGACUCUAGUAGAACCAGCCUUGGAUAAAUUUUAGGCAUUUUCAUUGAUGUUGUUUUUUAUCUUUCAGAGUGUAAUCUUCAUUGAAUCAUUUUGAAGACACUAAUAAAUUUACAAUAGAACUGCAGAACCUUAGUUUGAUUGUCAGUAAACAAGUAUCAUUUGUAGAUAUGUAGAAUAAACCUGUACAAGGAUAAUCAUAAUGGCGAACACAAAAAAGAGAAAACAAAAUGUCAAAAUAAUUAAUUUGUCUUUGAUUACAGGGACUAGGAACUGUUAAUAUUUGUGCAUUCAAGAAAACGGUCAUGCGAGCCAAUAUUUUUUAUGAUAUGAUUUAGUAGGGUUCCUUUGAGUUUGACCGCUGAAGAGGAAACCUUUGCCUUUAACAAUAAAUUAUUUUAAUGAAUUCUUUGUCAAUUCCAAUAAAUUAUGUGAUUUAUUAUAACGUGCGAUAUAAGAUUUAUGAUCAAAUGAUUAUAGCGAUAACAUAUUUAGCAUAACUUCUAUAAAUACGAUUAUCUCAUCCUAUUGUAACAGAUGAAGAAUUAAGUCUGGUCGUUGAUUUGCCUGUCAAAAUUAAAGUCACUGAAAAUAAAAACAUAGAUAUAGAGUGUAAGACGAACUUGAUAACAUGUAAACCUGUUUGGCGACAUAACGGGAAACUACUACAAUCAUCAGCCAGAUACAACAUAAUAGCGAGAGGAACUAAGCACAAACUGAUGCUGACGAAUAUAACAUUACACGACGAGGGUGAAUAUACAGUUGACUUUGGAAAAGUAUCAUCUAAAACAACUGUUAUAGUUCAAGGGGAAUUAGAUAUUUUACACAGGAAACAAAUGGCACAAGAAUUGUAUAGAAAUUGGGUGAGAGGAGCUCUAGCGUUAAAAUACUUGAAAAGGGGUUUAGAGGACUUUUCCGACAAGGCUGUUAAAAAACAGCACAAGUACCUUAUAGAAAGACUUGGAAACAUAUGUAACACUUGCACAGAUGAGAGUCUUCUUCCACACAAACCAGACAAAUGUCCAUGCCAAAAUAAACAGCAAUGCUUUUGUUAUUUGAGAAAGAAACAAAAGCCAAGACAAAUGUGUCCAAACGGAGGAUUUUGUGGAAAAAUGUGUGAUCGAAUAGUUUGUAAUCAUCGCUUUCGAACUCCCCUUUUCACGAACACAGAUGUUCAGAGAUGGAGCAGUGAUCCGUGGAUUGUUGCUACAUGCUUUAUAAACACCCCUGGCUACAAAGGCAAGCAAUCAGCUAAAGAGGUCGACUGCUCAGGUUUACUUAGUUUGUGUAUAAACAGCAUGUUUAUAGAAAUGAUGCUAGGAAAAGUUAUCAUCGAUGGGAAAAGAGAUGCAUUUGCGCAGGCACGGGAAGCGCGGAAUGAUAUUCUCCACAAUCCAAAUUAUGAAUUAUCUGACGGUAAACUAAACAAAUGUAUCAAAAUGUUUAAAGAAGUACUAGAAAUCAAAGACAAAAAUGGCAAUACACCUCUGAAAAAAGAGCCAGGCGUUGAAAAGGCAUUGCUUUUAUUGGAUAAGGUGCAGCGAAAUCAAAUCGAGAUUAACCUUGAACAUGAGGUGAAAGAGCUGAGAGAGCAUGGGAUGUCUAGUCUAGAAGAUAAAUAUCAAACAGCAAAACAACAGGCAAAUUUUAUAACUUAUGCAUUUGAGUUUUGAUAUAUCACGCUUUUACAGUUGAUAUAUAAAGAUCAUGAUUUUCUUUUUUAAAUGGAUAACAGUUUAAAAGAUCUUUGAAAAAAAACUACCAUUCUAAAUUGCUAGUCUAUUUGUCAAAACUGCCACAGCGUCAUCAUGUCUAUAACUGCCCGAUUUAGGUAGGAAGGAAAGAAAUUCCUACAUUGACACUGUUUAUAUCGUUACUCUUUUUAAGGCAGUCAUUGUGCACUAUAUAUCAAACAAAGAGACAA